AUGAAAAGAGAGUUUGAGAAAACAAUUCAACACAUCAAGUCUCAAGCUGAGCACACAGAACGUCAGAUUAAACAGCAGUUUGAGAAGCUUCAUCAGUUUCUCAGAGAUGAAGAAGAAGCUACAAUCUCUGCACUGAGGGAGGAAGAGGAGCAGAAGAAGCAGAUGAUGGAGAAGAAGCUAGAAGAGAUCAACAGUCUCAUCUCAGCUCUUUCACACUCAAUCAAAGACACGGAGGAGAUGAUGAAAGCCAGUGACGUCUGCUUUCUGAAGGAGUUUCCAGUCUCAAUGGAAAGAGUCCAGAUCUCAUAG